AUGGGUUUGAAGACAUGGCAGAUUAUGGCAUUGCUGCCUGUCUUGGCAGCUCUGCUACUCGUCUUUGUGGAUAUUCCUUUCAAGCGUUCUGCAAGUGAGUGCAGCCUUUAUCCUCACGCCCACUUUUGGAUAGCUAGCAAGCGGAUUGUUACCCCAAAUGGAGUCAUCUCUGGUGCAGUGGAAAUCAGAGGAGAAAAAAUAGCAUCCCUAGUUGAAGGAGACCAUUGGCAAAGCAUUGUCAAGAGUCAGCAAGUAAUUGACUACGGCGAUGCUGUUAUCAUGCCUGGGUUGAUCGAUGUACAUGCACAUCUUGAUGACCCGGGUAGGGAAGAUUGGGAAGGAUUUCCUUCAGGAACAAGAGCAGCUGCUGCAGGUGGUAUUACAACAUUGAUUGACAUGCCUCUGAAUAGUUUUCCAUCUACUGUUUCUGCGGAAACUCUUGCUCUCAAGCUCCAAGCUGCUGCUGGAAGGAUAUAUGUUGAUGUUGGUUUUUGGGGGGGCCUGGUACCAGAAAAUGCUAUGAACACAAGUACUCUGGAUGAUCUUCUGAAAGCUGGAGUUCUUGGACUUAAGUCCUUUAUGUGUCCUUCUGGGAUCAAUGACUUUCCUAUGACAAAUAUUAGUCAUAUUAAGGAAGGACUUAUUACACUAGGAAAAUAUAGAAGGCCUCUACUUGUGCAUGCUGAAAUUCCACAAGAUCAGGAAGACAACUCAGAGCAUGAAGAUGGUUCCAGAGACCCUAGGUCUUACGCUGUAUAUCUGAAAUCAAGGCCUGCUUCUUGGGAGGAGGCAGCUAUUAGAGAUCUUUUGACUGUAUCUUCAGACACAAGGAUUGGAGGCGCUGCAGAAGGAGCUCAUCUUCACAUUGUUCAUCUGUCAGAUGCAAGAUCUUCACUGGAGCUCAUUAAGGAAGCAAAGAAGAGAGGUGAUAGUGUGACUGUUGAAACAUGCCCCCACUAUCUGGCAUUUGCUGCUGAAGAGAUUCCAGAUGGAGACACUCGCUUUAAGUGUGCUCCCCCAAUCCGCGAUGCUGCUAAUAGAGAAAAACUAUGGGGUGCAUUGAUGGAGGGGGAUAUUGACUUCUUAAGCUCAGAUCAUUCUCCGUCUGUGCCAGAACUCAAACUUUUCAAUGAAGGUGAUUUCUUGAGGGCAUGGGGUGGCAUAUCUUCUUUGCAGUUUGUUCUCCCUGUGAGUUGGUCAUUUGGGAAAAGAUAUGGGAUUUCUUUGGCGCAAUUAGCUUCAUGGUGGAGUGAGAGGCCAGCCAAAUUCUCUGGGUUAACCACCAAGGGAGAAAUUGUUGUUGGAUAUCAAUCAGAUUUUGUCGUGUGGGAACCAGAAACAGAAGUUAAUCUGGAUGAUAAUCAUCCUGUAUUUCACAAGCACCGGAAUAUCUCUGCCUACAUGGGAUCAGGGCUCUCAGGGAAAAUAUUGGCCACUUUUGUGAAGGGGAACCUCGUGUUUAAGGAAGGAAAGCAUGCUCUCGCAUGCGGAUCCACAAUCCUUGCAAAGGAAGUUCUGCGUUGUGUCGACUGUCAAACGGGGCUAACAACUACAUUGCUUUACCACCUAUUACAAUACACCUGCAUUUCAAGAGAGCCGGUGGAAGGCACUCACGAUAUAAAAGUUUGGCGUGGGAGGCACUCGGGACAGAAAAAGUUCGGGAAGCAGUACAGCUCAUCUCAAAACUCCAUACAUACAAAUUCAAAUUCUUCCAUGAACCUCCACCACCACCACCAUCAUCACAGCCUCAUCACUCUCCAUAAACCGCCACCUUACCUUACAUUCUUCAGCCGCCGGAAAACCAUCAGACGUCAUCUCGUUUGCUUCUCCUCCGACUCGACUCAUAAGCUCAAACUUGCCCAAUCACUCCAAUCCGAAACCCUCCAGAUUCUAGAAUGGCCCGCCGUCUGUGCCCAGCUUUCCGCUUUCACCUCCACUUCCAUGGGACUCGCCGCGGCCCAAUCGGCCAGGAUUCCUUUGGGAAGAAGCCCAGAAGAGAGCAAGACCCUUCUGGCUCAGACCACUGCCGCGUUGGGCAUUCCUCAGCGGCUGGAUUUCUCCGGGAUCAAGGACGUUUCGCCCAUUCUUGAGUCUGCCGUCGCUGGUAAUUUGCUCACUGUACAAGAACUUUGUUUGUUAAAGCUGACAUUACGUUCAGCUAGACAUUUGGUCGAACAGUUGGAAGGUUCUUCAACGGAUGAACAUUUAUCCGCAAGGUGUAGCCCUCUGCUUGAGAUCCUUCAAGGUUGCAAUUUUCUCAACCAGUUGGAGGAGAAAAUAGAGUUCUGUGUCGACUGUAAAUUUUCACAAGUACUUGAUAGGGCCAGCAAGGAGUUGGCUUUUAUUAGGUCCGAAAGGAAGAAAAACAUGGAAAGUUUGGAUACAAUGCUGAAGCAGACCUCAAAUCGGAUAUUUCAGGCUGGUGGAAUUGACAAACCACUGGUAACUGAACGUAGAUCACGGCUGUGUGUGGCAGUUAGAGCUUCCCACAGAUCGCUUAUUCCUGAUGGUGUAGUUCUAGAUGUUAGCAGUUCUGGAGCAACAUAUUUUAUGGAGCCUAGGGAGGCUAUUAAUCUGAACAAUGAGGAAGUAAGACUGUCUGACAAUGAGAAGAUGGAGGAGCGAGUGAUUUUAAGCCUUCUUACAUCUGAGAUUGCAGAAUUUAAGUCAGAAAUCAAACACUUAUUGUCUAGAGUUCUUGAUCUAGAUCUUGCUUUUGCCAGAGCUGCACAUGCCAAAUGGAUGGAAGGGGCUUGUCCAAUUUUUAGUUCAGAGAGUUCUGAGGGUUCUGCAUCCAGUUCAUUUCUCGUGAACAUUGAAGGCAUACAGCAUCCUUUGCUCCUGGAGUCCUCCUUGCAAAAAUCACCCAAUCUUGUUAAAUCUGUAUCCAAAAAAUCCAAAGAACAGUCCCUCAACAAUGAUUCCAAAACCCUAGUUAAAUCUCCUGUACCUGUUGAUAUCAAGAUUGUGGACAAUGUGAAAGUUGUCGUAAUAUCAGGACCUAAUACUGGAGGCAAAACUGCAUCCAUGAAGACCUUAGGACUGGCUUCUAUCAUGUUCAAAGCUGGCAUGUACUUGCCUGCUCAGAACAAUCCACAGCUUCCCUGGUUUGAUUUUAUUUUGGCAGAUAUUGGAGAUCAGCAGUCUCUUGAACAAAGUCUUUCUACUUUUAGUGGGCACAUUUCAAGACUUCGUAAAAUUUUGGAAGCCACAUCUGAAAAAUCUCUUAUCCUUAUUGAUGAGAUUGGCAGUGGAACUGACCCUUCUGAAGGUGUGGCUCUCUCUGCCAGCAUGUUGCAGUAUGUUGUUGAUAGGGUUAAAUUGGCUGUUGUCACAACACACUAUGCUGAUUUGACUCGAUUGAAAGAAAAAGACAAUCGAUUUGAAAAUGCGGCUAUGGAGUUUUCAUUGGAGACUUUACAACCUACUUAUAGGAUGCUUUGGCGAAGCACAGGAGAGUCAAAUGCUAUAAGCAUAGCUAAAUCAAUUGGCUUCAAUGGAAAGUUGAUUCAACGUGCACAAGAAUGGUUAGGCAAGUUGACUCCUGAAAAGAUGCAGAUGCAAAAAGGGUUGCUAUACCAGUCCCUUGCAGAGGAAAAAAAUAUAUUAGAAAUGCAGGCAACAAAAGCUGCUUCCCUACACUCUGAUGUUAUGAGUAUCUACAGCGAGUACUUGGUUCAGAAAGAUGACCUUGAUGGUCGUGUAGCAGCUCUUAAGGCUAAAGAAAGACAGCGGAUGUUAAAUGAAUUGAAAGCAGCAAAGACACAGAUUGCAAAUAUUGUACGUGACUUUGAGAACCAGCUCAGUAGUGCUGAUGCUAAUGAGUAUAAUGUGCUCCUGAAGAAGGCAGAAUCUGCAAUUAAUUCCAUUGUCGAAGCUCAAAGGCCUAGCAAUGAUCCUUCAAUUGGGGAUACAGCCAGCCAGUUUUAUGAACCCAAACCUGGUGAAAAGGUCCUUGUCAAAGAGUUGGGAAAUAAGUUAGCUACAGUUAUUGAAACGCCUGGGGAGGAUGACAUGGUCCUUGUGCAAUAUGGAAAAGUCAAAGUCCGUGUUAAUAAACGUACUAUAAGAGCGCUGGAAAAUGCUGACGUAAGUGGUGGAAUGGCAUCUGUAUCAAGUUCUAAGAGGCAGCAGGGUUUGGUAGUGAAAAAUCUCAAGGAUCUGAGGGAUUUCUCCGAAACAAUUAAUAAUGAGGAGGUUUCAUAUGGCCCUGCGGUUCAAACAUCCAAAAAUACUAUUGAUUUACGAGGUAUGAGAGGCGAGGAAGCAACUCGCGAGCUCGAGAUGGCCAUCAAUUCAAGAGGUCCAGGUUCAGUCAUUUUUAUCAUUCAUGGGAUGGGAACUGGGGUAGUGAAGGAGCGUGCACUCCAAUUGCUGAAAAGUCAUCCACGUGUAGCCAAGUUUGAGCAGGAAAGUCCUAUGAAUUAUGGUUGUACAGUUGCUUAUAUGAAGUGA